AUGGGAAGAAAGAGCAAAAAAUCAAAGAUAGCAAACCUAGAACUUGAAGCUGAGAAGCAGCAAGAGAAAAUAAGAAACUCAAUUUUGAAAGUUUUUCGAGCAAGGCUUUCUGACCCUUGUGGUGGAGGGGCCUUGCUAGUAGGCAAAGACAAGAAAGUGUCUCCAUCUGAAGACUUACAAAGCACUAAUCACACUCAGAAUGAUAGUUUCUCCAGCAGCAUGAGUGACAGCGAUGACAGCCAUAGUAAGGCUUGUCAAGUACAUACUCGAACUAGGAGGAAGAGGAGGUGCAAAAGAAGACCUAAAAGGUCAAAGGUUGCAUCUAAAGUACAAGACGAAAAGUCUGCAGUAACGAGGCAUUUGAGGGCUGCUCAUGAUGUCAGAGAUGCCUUACACUUGAAUGAAUCAGCUGACAAGGGACAGGACAAAAUAAGUCUAAUAACAGUGGGCAGAUUAACAAAUAAAGUUGGACUAUUUAAUAAGGGAAGGAAGUCAGAAACAAUAUCCAGAGACAUUCAUGUUUCGGAUUCUGUAAAAAGGAAAACAGAGGAUGACCUCAGGAACAUUAUAAGCCACAGUGAUGAGAAUGGGCCAUCUUUAGCCACUGACAUUGAACCAUCUAGUUCUGCUAUUAUAGACAAUGUAAGUCAGAGGAUAAAUGAAGAUAACCUAUUGGGUGCCAGUUCUAAACAGACACAUGCUUUAAAACACAGUUCUGAACAGAAACAUAUCAGGUCGAGUACUAUUCUGAGCUCUGGAGAUUGCAGUAGAAAUAGUGCUAAAAUGUCUAUCACUCCAGUAACAGUCCCAAUCAGCAAACAGGUCAACUUAGCAAGUUCCAGUAAGAGUACAGGAAGUGUUGGCCCUGAAGAAAAAAUGCCAGAGACUCCACCAUAUGAGGAAAUUGCAGUGCAGCUUAUGCAUACUGUAAAACCAAGGCUUGUGUUUCCUGGACAAAGCAUAUUGGACAAGACGCGAGAGGAGUUACAGAAAUUAAUGAGACAAAAUGCUCCAAGAUCUGCAACUCCAACACCAAACUUUUUGAAACUUGGUGGCACAUGUACAGGCUCAGUAAAGAGGUCCCUUCUGGAAAGAUUUUCGCCUGAGAAUAACCAAGUAGAAAGUGAAGGAUACCUUAACAAUGCUGGACAAUCAGAGAUCAUCCAAUCAGAACCAAGGCUCUGUGAUAUUACAAAGCCAUUGAAAAAUAACAUCUCUUCAAACAUUGUCACUGAUGCACAUGUCUUAUUGAAGUGUAAUGACUUAGCUAUUACAGAGACUAAAUGCUCACCAUUACCCAAUAAUGGGAAAACUCAAAACUUCAAUCCAGAUGCAAGGAAAAUUUUGUGUCAAAAUGACUCAGAAAGAGCAAAGAAAUUCAUCACAAUUCCACAGUAUAGACAAGAUGAGCUGGAUACAGACUUUUAUAAUGAAUCACAACCGAUGAAAGUAAUUAAAACAAAACCUGGAGGCCCUCUACAGCUUCAUCCUGAUAUUCAUCAUGACAUUUUCUCAGGUAUUCAUCCUGAUGUCUCGAUGGAUACUAUUGAGUAUACCACCAGAGACCGAGACUCCAGCCAGCAUGAUUCCCAGUCUUCCAGACCUAGCCUUCACAGUUCCCAGACUUCCUCCAUCAGUCAUCCUGAAAGGAGAGCCCUAGACUACAACCCGGUGCUUAGUACAAACAAGGCAGUUGUUGCAGAGUUGCGACACUAUCCACAGCAUCUUCAAUUGCAGAAUGGUACAUACUACAGUGACAGUCUGAAUGAUUUGUUGCCAGCAGAGCAACAGCAAAGUCAUAAGGUACACAGUCAUGAUGGAUCAACGGGGAAAACAAGGGUGCCAAUGGAUUUCCUUGAUAUGUUGGAUAGUCCCCAGCCCAAAGUCAAAUCACCAGUUGCAGUCAUGAACAUGUUGAAGUCAACAACACCAGACUCUGAUGGCUCCCCUCUGUGGCUUCCUAUUCCACCUCCAUUUCUGAAAAAGCCAACAUUUGACACACCAAGUCCUCCAGAUAAGCUAUACCCUCGUCUUCUGUACUGA